UGGACCGGAAGUGCCUAGAACGUUGGCCCGGGAGGCCUGUAUCAAUUUGCAGCGUCUGUGUAUCAAUUUGCAGAGGGGAAGGAGGUGGCGGGCAGGAUGCAGUUGGCCAGACACAGCGAGCACGUGUUACAGCAGUUAUGCUGCCAGCUGGAGUAUGGCUUCCUUUGCGACUGCUCCAUCACGGUGGGGGACGUGCACUUUCGGGCGCACCGCGUGGUGCUUGCGGCCUGCAGCUCCUACUUCCACAAGCUCUUCGUGAAUCAGCCGGGGGAGGCGUCCCAGGUCUGCCUGAGUUCGCAAGCUGUCAGCCCUGACCACUUCGACCUGAUCCUCCAGCUGAUGUACACCGGCCGCCUGGUGUCCUUGCCCUCCGACCCCGACCAGUUCCGGGCCUCCCUCAACUUCCUGAAGCUCUAUGGCGCUCCCCGGUUCUCCGCUGGGGGCAGCGAGGAGGCGGCGGUGGCUCCUCCUCAGGUCUCGGAGGGUGGCAACGGCGAGCCGCUGGUCUUCGGGGUGGAGCUGCGGCCCUGGGACAGGAGCAGGCCGGAGGACGUCCCGGAGCAGCAACAGCAACCCCCAGUCACCGUCAAGUCCGAAACGCCGGAGGGGCCGUGGGGAGAGGGUCCGCUCAGCCCCUCCCCCAGGCUGUGCUGCCCCCUCUGCGGCCUGGCCUUUGAGCAGCCCCGCGGUUUGCAGGAACACCUCCCGGGCUGCCUGCGCGGGAGGGGCCAGGGCUGGGGCGCAGGGAGCGGCCAGGGCUGGGGCGCAGGGAGCGGCCAGGGGGCAGACCCACGCUGCCCCACCCCCGAGGUGAAGCAGGAGGCCCCCGAGAGGAGGUGGGAGGAGGAGAUCGGCGGCCUCCCCCAGGAGCAGGGGGCUGGGGGCACGAAGAGGCUGAAGGUGGAGGCCCCCGAGCAGGAAGAGGUGGGGUCCCCAGGUCAGGGGAACCCCCUGCUGCUAGAGCUGAGCGGCAUCACGGUGGUGAGGGUGGGGGGAGGAGGGGAGCCAGAGACUGGGGUCUCCCCGGGGUUGGGCCCCCCAGAGGACUACGAGCUGGAGGAGGGCGAGGUGCGUUUCCCGGGUGACGACGACCUGGUGCUGGAGAACCCGGAGGAGGAGGACGAUGAGGGCUCCUUCAGCAGCUCCAGCGAGGGCAGCACCUCCAGCUCGGACAGCCCCAGCCCGGCGCCCAGUGAGGACGAGGGGAGGCCUCGGGCCCGGAUCCCAGGGAGGGCAUGGAGCUGCCAGGCCUGCUGCCCGGCCGAGGGGAGAGCCCCGGCUCGCAGCCAGACCAAGGCCCGGGGGAAGGCGGAGUGUGCCCCUGCCCCCUCACGGUGCUGCGGGACAGAGAGCGGCGUGUGCCACGCUCGCCCCAACGGCAGGCAGCAACCCAGCCGCCCCGCCUGGGAGAGGACCCAGGUGUUGGACCACACGCUGUCCAGGGUGGCAAUGCCUGGGCGUGGCAAGAAAGGGCAGAAAGCGGGCAAGCAGUCACGGGCGCCUGGCCACAAGAAGGGCACAGAGGCUGGGCAGGGGAAGCAGCAGCGGCGGCGUCCCGCCAAGACCGCGACCUCCUCCGGGCCGAGCAAACACUCCUGCCAGAUCUGUGGCAAGGCCUUCCUGCAGCGAGGCCACUUGGCAGAGCACAUGGCCACCCACAGCGAAGUCGGGAGGUUCGCGUGCCGGGCCUGUGGGCAGGAGUUCCCCAGAGAGCUCGAGCUGCGGCUCCACGCCACCACCCACGCCGGCGACUCCCGCUACGCCUGCCGGCUGUGCGGCCAGGGCAGCUACCGCAAGCACGGCCACCUGCGCCACAUGGCCAGCCACCUCUCACGGGGCCAGGUCCUCUGCCGGGUCUGCUUCGAGAUCUUCCGGGGCGCGCCAGAGCUGGAGCGGCACCUCGAGAGCCACCUGUACCCCUGUGGGACGUGCGGUGAGAAGUUCAAGCGCAAAAAGGAUGCGGCAGCACAUUCCGCCGGCUGCUGGAUGAAGAAACUGAUGACCUCCGAGCUGGACAGGCCCUCGAAUGGUCAGAGGAACGUGGACUGACUGUCUCACCUUCUCUCCCACAACCAAGGACUCUGUGUCACACCCAAUCUUCUGUUGCAUUGUGGCUCCCUGGGUGAGCCACACGGGGGCUAAAGAUCCCAGUUUUGAUACCUGGACCCAUUUCUGAAUUUCUCUGUUGUGGCCAGGACUGUGGUAGAUGGAUGGACAGGGUUGGUUCCAGUGGAUAUUCAGCCACGGUUUUCCAUUCCCCAUUGCAAUACAUCCCGCUCCUGGUUUGGGUUGGAGCGUGGGGAUGGCAGAGAACAAGACCAGGUUGCCUGAUGGUAUUGGGAUUCAAGAAUAGGAAUACUCCAGUACACCUCCAUAAUGCCCAAUCUGCGAACGACUACCUCAAGCAACGUUUCUCACUCCAUUAUCUACCUGCUCCUUCCAUUCAAACCCUCACCACGCCCCCUUUGCAUGAGAAAACCCUCUCGGUUUUAAGGGCAGAGGUGAUCCCACAAUCAGCAGGAUUGGAAACCAGGGAUUUCGAGGGAGCUUAUCGGGAUGUUAAGAUUCAGUGUUAGACUAGGGCAGGAUCGAAAUCCAACACUGCAAAACCAACACUUUCAUGUCCUUUUGUAUCCGAACAAAGUGUGCAAGGUGGAGGGAAGCUGAGAGUCAACAGGAAAAUCAGUGCCAAAUCUGCAGAAGGCAGCAAAUGGAGGGAGGCACCACAUGGUCAGUGGACAUUGUCUGAUCUCCAAUAGCUGCUCAGCUAUUGGGACAGUGAAGGGCUGUUUGAUUAUCGACGUUUGGAGAUUUGAAAACCCACAGUUUGGGUUUCCUACAGUAUUGGUUUAUAGACUCGAGUUUUGUAUGCUGUCUUCUAUUAAUUGGAAGGUCUUAAGAUCAGUGUACAAAUAAUUAAAAUGAUUCUUAACAAUAA